AUGGAUCCGCUUAAUAACCUUGUCAAGUCGAUACCCGACUGGCAGGUUCUUCUCGAUGACCUCAAUGGCAAGAUAGCAAGGCGACAGGGCGAACUGGCCGAGGCCGAGAACAGUAGACCUUCGACACGCUCAUUACGGAAUAAGGGUUCUACGGAGUCCCUGCGGCCGAAAGACGACAACGAUGUCAUUCCAGAGGAUAUCGAAAUUGCCAUGAAUUCUACUACUGAUACCCCCAAUACAAAUAAUGACACCACCGACAAGGCACCAUCACCACCGAAUGUCGACAACUCCCCACGAACCCCCCAACACAACACAUCUAAUCGCCUCCGCGGGGCCUUCGCAAAGGGUCUCCCCGCACUCACACCACCCGUCCUCCGCAAGCGCAAGACCGAGUCUCUAGCCUCCGCCGAACUCGGGAAACCCAAGCACCGAACCCGCUGCAUGAUAAUCGUCUACUACGACUCGGCCGUGCAGAGCGACUUCGAGGCCCUCGUCAAGCACAUCAGCGCUUCCCGCAACUCCAUGCGCAAGGGCAAGAUGGCCGCGCGGAUGGCGAGCAUGCGCAUGAUGGCUGAUCUGGAGGCACUGGGCGAUGAGCUGGAGCCAGAGUUGGAGGUGGAUAAAACCCCAGCGGCUGCUGCAGGAGAUAUUAUAAAUGGCCCUACUAGUAGCCCGAAUGCGAUGAUGGCUUCUGCUUCGCCUGGUGAUGAGGAUGACGAGGGGCUGCCGCUGCCUGCGUUGAAGUUUGUAUCAACGCGUCGCAUGGGGCCGAUGAGAGAAUUGUCAUCCAAUAAAGCCCUUCGUGCUGGGCCAGGUGCGCCGGGCGUGAGACGCGCCGGGCAAGGCCCUCCUGGUGGCGGAGCAUCUUCAAGGGUAUCUGCGUUGGGCUCGAGUAUAUUCGACGAGCUGGACAGUGGACUUGAGUGGUGCCAGAGCAUGUGCGAGCAUGCGGCCCACCAGUUCCUGCGGGACGGACAGUGCACUUCGGAGAUUGAAGGAAUCAAAUCACGACUACAAGAGGUGUGGGAUAGGGCUGGAGAGGAAAUGAAGGCAGAAGGGAAGGGAGCGGAAGUUGGUACGGACAAGGACUCGAGCGAGACGACGGACCGGAAAGCUGACUAUGUCAGAGCGGGUGAUAAAGGUGGAGCUGCUGCCCCUACUGCCUCCGCUACAUUGAAGCCGGAACCCCAGCUGCCACGGACUUCAAAGCAGAUCCAGAUCAGGAGGGAAGCAGAAAAGAUGUUUGAGAAACCGGAAAAGCCAGCACAAAAGCCGGCGCAAAAGUCAUUAGAAAAAACCACGGAAAACUCGCCCAAGGGACUGGAAGUGAAAUGCGUGGAAAAAGACGGCGGAUCGGCCAUCAAAGUCGACGAUGUCCUAGAAGUAGAUGAUGACGCGAUGGAAGCAGAUGAUGAUGUUGUGGACGAGGACGUCUACAGGAGAGAGUACGCCGCCGUCAUUGCGCGGAACUCGAACUAUCGACGACGUCCAAGCGUCCGUUGA